ACCAUGAGCUGCCUCGGGCCGCUGCUGCUGCUCGGGGCGCUGGGGGCUCUGAGCCCAAGCCCGGCCGCGGGGCAGGACCCCACCCCGAGCCCCCAGCCCAGCGCCCGUCCCAACGCCAGCAGGCCGGUGUUCCCGGUAUUCCCGUGCGGGGGGGACCAUCGCGGGGAGUCGGGGUUCAUCGCCAGCGAGGGCUUCCCCCGGCAUUACCCCCCCAGCAGCAACUGCACUUGGACUAUCACGGUCCCCGAGGGCCAGGUGGCCACCCUGUCCUUCCGCGUCUUCGACCUGGAGCCAGACCCCCUGUGCCGCUUUGAUGCCCUCUCGGUGUUUGGGGGCCACAGCCCCGGGGCGCCGCUUUUGGGGCGUUUCUGCGGCACCUUCCGUCCAGGGGCCCUGCGGGCACCCCAAAACCGGCUCCGGCUGCACAUGGAGAGCGACGGUGGCACGGCCGGGAGGGGCUUUCUGGCCUGGUUCAGCGCUGGCAGCCCCCCAAGCAACGAGCAUCAGUUUUGUGGUGGGAGGCUGGAGAAGCCCCAGGGGAGCCUGAACACCCCGAAUUGGCCAGAGGAGAAUUAUCCCCCCGGGAUCAGCUGCUCAUGGCACAUCGUGGCCCCCCCCGACAAGGUGGUGGAGCUGCGAUUCGGGAAGUUCGACGUGGAACCCGACCCCCACUGUCGCUACGAUUACGUGGCCGUGUUCGAGGGGGGUGCGCGGGACGACGCCCGGCGCCUCGGGCGGUUCUGUGGGGAGGAGACCCCCGGCCCCAUCGUCUCCAGCUCCCCGGAGCUGCUGGUCCAGUUCGUGUCGGAUUUGAGCGUCACCGCCGACGGCUUUUCGGCCACCUACACCCUGCGGGACCGGGGCAGCGCCCCCGAGACCCCUCCCACAAAACCCCGGGGAGGGGGGAAGGGCAAGCCCCCCCCCAGCCCCAAGGCCGGGACCCCCACGGCGCCCCCAGCUUUGGGGGCGCCCUGCCCCCAGCGCUGUCGCCGCGCCGGGACCCUCCAGAGCAACUUCUGCAGCAGCGAUUUCGUGCUGACGGGGACAGUGAAAUCGGUGUCGCGGGGGCCACCCCAGGAGCUGGGCUGGGCCGUGGUGUCCGUCCUCAGCCUCUACAAGUCGGGGGGCCUGGGGGUCCCCCAGCCCGCCAAAGGGGCCACGCUGCGGCUGCAGCUGCCCUGCCGCCUCUGCCCCGCACUCAAGAAAGGCUCAAGCUACGUCCUGAUGGGGCGGCUGGGGGGGGACGGGGGAGCGCUGCUGCCCCCCGACGCCUUCGUCGUGCCCUACCGCCCGCAGCAGCAGCAGGUUUUGGGGAACCUCAGCAAGAGGCCGUGUCGGGUGACCCCCUGAGAGCCCUCCACGAGCUCCCCCGGACCCCUCCGCGCUGGGAGGACGCCCCCCGCACAUAUGCAAA